AUGGACGAGUUGCUUCCUGUCGACAACACUGGUAGCAACUCUCGCAACGGGUGGGGAGCCUCGGCUGUAGAUGCACUCAGCACAGCGCUCAUCAUGGGCGAGAAAGAAACAGUCAAUCAGAUCUUGGACCACAUUCCUACCAUUAACUGGGGUGUCACAAACGAUGCCGUUUCGCUAUUUGAAACCACAAUCCGCUAUCUAGGCGGCAUGCUCUCUGGAUACGAUCUUCUCCGCGGACCACUGGCGCAUCUUGCCGAUUCCGAGGCGAAAGUAGAAGCCCUACUGACGCAAUCCAUCCACCUCGCCAACAACCUCUCAUUUGCCUUUGAGACUCCAACCGGCAUACCCUGGAACAUUCUCGUGCUGAGCGACCGCAGUAACAGUGGCACGCCAAACGGGCUCGCCACCGUCGGCACACUGAUUCUCGAGUGGACACGUCUAGCCGACCUCUCCGGAAACCAGACGUAUGCAGAUCUGGUCGCAAAAGCAGAAGAAUACCUGCUGAAGCCAUCGCCCCCAUCAUCAGAGCCGUUCCCAGGCCUCCUUGGAACCAGGAUCAACGUGACGACGGGCGAGUUCCUCGACGCCAGCGGCGGCUGGGUCGGCGGCGCAGACUCCUUUUACGAGUACCUAAUCAAAAUGUACGUCUACGACGAAAAAUAUACGGAGCUCAGGGACCGCUGGAUCACCGCCGUGGACAGCAGUAUCAAGUACCUGGCUUCGCACCCGGCGUCCCGCCCAGACUUGACCUUCCUCGCGGCAUACUCCGGCACCCACAUUCGCAACGUAUCGCAGCACCUCGCGUGUUUCGACGGCGGCAACUUCAUCCUCGGCGGCCUGGUCCUCGACAAGCAGGAAUACGUUGAUUUCGGCCUCGACCUCGUAAACGGAUGCCACGAUACCUACAUCGAGACCGCCACGGGCAUCGGCCCAGAAAUCUUCUCCUGGAACCUGACUACCCUCCCGGCCAACCAGUCGGCCUUCUUCAACACCUCGGGCUUCUGGAUCCAAGACUCUGGUUACCAGCUGCGGCCCGAGGUCAUCGAGUCGUACUACUACGCGUACCGCGCCACCGCCGACCCCAAGUACCAGGAGUGGGCGUGGGACGCCUUUGUCGCCAUCAACGAGACGACGCGCGUCGGCAGCGGAUACAGCUCCAUCAACAACGUCAAUGUCGUUGGCGGCGGCGGGUUCCAGAAUUUCCAGGAGAGCUUCUGGUUUGCAGAGGUGCUGAAAUACUCGUAUUUGAUUCACGCGGGCGAUGCAGAGUGGCAGGUUGCGGGCAAGGGCGGCAAGAAUGGUUGGGUUUACAACACCGAGGCGCAUCCGGUCAAGGUGCGUGGAGGGGGAGACAAGAAAAGGGCGCAGUAG